UCGGCGCGGCGCGGCGAGCUCGAUAUUCCCCGGGACUCGCGGAGCCGCGUCGGGAUCAGCCGGGCUCCCUCCCUCGCGCCUUCCUGGGCCGCCGCCGCCCCCGGCUUGUCUGUCCGCGGCCGCCCGCGCGCCGGCGUGAUCCCGCCGGGGCUGUGCGUGCUCCCCGGCCGCGCGCCAUGGGCAGUCCCCGCUCGGCGCUGAGCUGCCUGCUGUUGCACUUGCUGGUUCUCUGCCUCCAAGCCCAGGUAAGGCGCGCUGCGCGGAGGUGGGAGCCGGGGCCGGCGGGGGACGCCGGGGGCAAGGUCAGGAAGGGGGUACGAGGAUCGACCCUGCGGCCGCGCGGCGGGCUGGAAGGCACCUUAGAAAUGCAGCCCUGAACGACCCCCAGGAGGGAGCUAGGGAACAGAGAGGUAGCGCCUGCCCCAGGUGUGGGCCCGGGCGGGGGGCCUGCGCUGGGCAGGGAGCUCGCUUCCCUGUUCCGAGCUGGCCGGGAGUCCCAGGGUGUUUCCCAACAGGUAACUGUUCAGUCCUCACCUAAUUUUACACAGCAUGUGAGGGAGCAGAGCCUGGUGACGGAUCAGCUCAGCCGCCGCCUCAUCCGGACCUACCAACUCUACAGUCGCACCAGCGGGAAGCACGUGCAGGUCCUGGCCAACAAGCGCAUCAACGCCAUGGCAGAAGAUGGGGACCCCUUCGCAAAGCUCAUUGUGGAGACAGAUACCUUUGGGAGCCGGGUUCGAGUCCGAGGAGCUGAAACGGGCCUCUACAUCUGCAUGAACAAGAAGGGGAAGCUGAUUGCCAAGAGCAACGGCAAAGGCAAGGAUUGCGUGUUUACGGAGAUCGUGCUGGAGAACAACUACACAGCCCUGCAGAACGCCAAGUACGAGGGCUGGUACAUGGCCUUCACGCGCAAGGGCCGGCCCCGUAAGGGCUCCAAGACGCGGCAGCACCAGCGCGAGGUCCACUUCAUGAAGCGGCUGCCCCGCGGCCACCACACCACCGAGCAGAGCCUGCGCUUCGAGUUCCUCAACUACCCGCCCUUCACGCGCAGCCUGCGCGGCAGCCAGAGGACUUGGGCCCCCGAGCCCCGAUAGGCCCUGCCCGGCCCCUCCGCGCCGCUCCCCGCGCCGGCGAGCUCGGCUCUGCCGCAAGAGGUCUGCGCUGCUGAAGGCCGGGGAGGAGCUGGGGGAGCCCGGCUCCCGUUGUCGAUAAUUGUUUGCUGUUGGGUUUUUUGUCGUUGUUGUUUUUUUAAACAAAAGAGAGGCUCUAUUUUUG